AAAUCUCACGCUACUCCGCUGUUUCUCACAAGACGAAAGCCACCCUUUUUUUUUAUAUAAAUAAUAAAUAUAUACAGAUAUAUAUAUUUAUAUAAAACGCCUUGACCCGACCUAAACGAUGACCACCGACGUGCAAUCCCCGAACUUCCCCGCCCCCACCGAGGAGGUCCCGACGCUGGAGACCGCUGAGAUGGCGCAGGUGCUGAAGCAGUCCAAGCGUUACGCGAAGUCCAUGGCGAAGCUCGGGCUGAAGCCGGAGCCGAACAUCAUGAAGGUGAACAUCCGAAAAAACGGCUCCCUGUCCUUCGUGUUGGCGAAGCCAGAGGUUUAUCGCUUUCCCGGGACCAACACCUUCGUGAUCUUCGGUGAGGCCCAGCUGGAGGACGCUGGGGCCAUCGCGCAGGAGGCGGCGGCCCGCGCGGCGGUCUUCGGAGCCGAUGGCGAGACCGCCGCCCCCGCGAAGGUCGAGGAAGUCGCCGAUGACGCAAAGGAGGAAAGCGACGCGGAAUGCGAUGCCGGCGACCUCCCAGAGAAGGAAAUUAACAUGGUGAUGUCUCAGGCGAAGGUCUCCCGCGGAAAGGCAAUCAAGGCCUUGAAGAACAACAACGGGGAUAUGGUGAAUGCCAUUAUGGAAUUGACCAUGUAAGGCAUGAGCGACACGACCUGAUUGGCUUCCUUUAUGGAUUUGCCAGCAGGGUACCCACGCUAUAUGAGUUAGUAUCCUUCUUUCUUUAUAUAUAGUGAUUUUCUUUAUAUAGUUGAGAUUUCAUGUUCUUUAUUUUUAAUUUUCUUGAUAA